AAAAUCUCUCCUCCUUCCUUCGCUCCAGACACUGCCGGCUCGCCGGCCGCCGCGCCGCUCCCCAUCGCCGUCCAGAGCACUGGGAAAAAGGAGUGAGGCGGGUGCCACGUCCCAGCCGCUGCCUUCACUGGAGAAGGGUCUGCAGCCCACCCUCGGCGGUGCUUGGUGGGAACUACGAUACCCGCGCUUCACCGCCCCCCUGGUUGAAGAUUUCUCCCUCCCUCACGUGAUUUCAGUCCGUUUUUCUUUUUUUCUAAGCCACGUCCUCCCGGAGCGGAGGCAAUCCGGGAAAGGGAGAGAUGCGCUUCGCCUGGCCCGCGCUCCUGCUGGGGCCGCUGCAGCUCUGCACGAUACUGCGCUGCGCCCCGCCGGCCACCGGCCAGCAGCAGCCCCCGCGCGAGCCGCCGGCCCCCAGCGCCUGGAGCCAGAGGAUCCAGUGGGAGAACAACGGGCAGGUGUUCAGCCUGCUGAGCCUGGGCUCGCAGUAUCAGCCGCAGCGCCGACGGGACCCGAGCGCCACCGCCCCGGGCGCUGCCAACUCUGCUGCCCAGCAGCCGCGCACGCCGAUCCUGCUGCUCCGCAACAACCGCACAGCGGGGACGCGGGCGCGGACCGCUGCCUCGUCGGGAGCCACCACCGGCCGCCCGAGGCCCGCCGCCCGCCACUGGUUCCAGGCUGGCUAUUCGUCGUCCGGGGCCCGCGAAGCUGGCGCCUCGCGCGCUACUAACCGGACCGCGCAGGCAGAGCGCCCGGCGCUCAGUAACUUGAGGCCGCCUAGCCGCGUGGACGGCAUGGUGGGCGACGACCCGUACAACCCUUACAAGUACUCUGAUGACAACCCCUAUUACAACUACUACGACACGUACGAAAGGCCCCGGCCUGGGAGCAGGUACCGGCCCGGCUACGGCACCGGCUAUUUCCAGUACGGUCUCCCGGACCUGGUGCCAGAUCCCUACUACAUCCAGGCAUCCACGUACGUGCAAAAGAUGUCCAUGUACAACCUGAGAUGCGCGGCAGAAGAAAACUGCUUGGCCAGUUCAGCAUAUAGGGCGGAUGUCAGAGAUUAUGAUCACAGGGUGCUGCUAAGAUUUCCCCAAAGGGUGAAAAAUCAAGGGACAUCAGACUUCUUACCAAGCCGACCAAGAUAUUCCUGGGAAUGGCACAGCUGUCAUCAACAUUACCACAGCAUGGAUGAAUUCAGCCACUACGACCUGCUUGAUGCCAACACCCAGAGGAGAGUGGCCGAAGGGCACAAAGCAAGUUUUUGUCUUGAGGACACAUCCUGUGACUAUGGCUACCACAGGCGAUUUGCAUGUACUGCACACACACAGGGGUUGAGCCCCGGCUGUUAUGAUACUUACAAUGCAGACAUAGACUGCCAGUGGAUUGACAUUACAGAUGUAGCACCUGGAAACUACAUCCUAAAGGUCAGCGUGAACCCCAGCUACCUGGUGCCUGAGUCGGACUAUUCCAACAAUGUCGUGCGCUGUGACAUCCGCUACACAGGACAUCAUGCGUAUGCCUCGGGCUGCACCAUUUCACCGUAUUAAAAAGCAAGCCAAGACUCCCAAUGGAUAAAUCAGUGCCUGGUGUUCUGAAGUGGGAAAAAAAAUAGAUUAACUUCAGUAGGAUUUAUGUAUUUUGAAAAAGAGAAUGGAAAACAACAAAGGAAUUUUUGUUUGGAUUUUUUUAUAACUAAGCACAUAACUGAAUUUUGAACAUUUAAAUUGGCAUUAUUUGGGAAAAAAAUGUAAUAUUAUUCACAUUAUUUUGUGAGUUGACAUUAUGUUUCAAUUCUGUAGUUGCACACUUGGCUCUUUCAAAGAAAUUCAAAUUUCUUAUGCUCUUUUGAAAUGAUAAUACUGAAAGGAAAAUAAUAUUUCAGUGAAUGACCCCAAAUUAUUUGAGCUG